UCUCUGGUGUGGGCCGUUGAGGGUUGGUGGUCAUGGCUUUGGAUAAGCAGCUGGUCGUGGGUUUGGACCCUGGUUUGGGAUUGUGGAUUCCUGCCUGAAUUCGAUGGCGCCCCGUUGAGUGAGCUUUCCUGGUCCUCCUCUCUGGCCGUGGUUGCAGUUUCCUUCUCUGGACUCUUCACCUUCAUCUUCCUCAUGCUGGCCUGCCUGUGCUGCAAGAAGGGGGACAUCGGCUUCAAGGAGUUUGAGAACACGGAGGGGGAGGAGUACCAGGCUGACCCGUCCUCCCUGGCCUCCCCCGGAUCGCAGAACGGGCCCGAGGUCUACGUCCUGCCUCUCACGCAGGUCUCGCUCCCCGUGUCUCAGCAGCCCGGCCGAUCAGUCCAGCUGCUUAAAUCGGCAGACCUGGGCCGGCACAGCCUGCUGUACCUGAAGGAGAUUGGCCAUGGCUGGUUCGGCAAGGUGUUACUGGGAGAGGUGAAUGCUGGCCUCAGCACCACACAGGUGGUGGUGAAGGAGCUCAAAUCCAGCUCCAGUGUGCAGGACCACAUGCAGUUCCUGGAGGAGGCACAGCCGUACCGCACACUCCAGCACCCCGCCCUCCUGCAGUGCCUGGCACAGUGUUCCGAGGUCACUCCCUACCUGCUGGUGAUGGAGUUCUGCCCUUUGGGGGAUCUGAAAGGUUAUCUCCGCAGCUGUCGGGCGGCAGACUCCACGACCCCUGACCCCUUGAUACUCCAGCGAAUGGCGUGCGAGAUCGCCUCUGGCCUCCUGCACCUCCACAAACACAACUUCACUCACAGUGACCUGGCCCUGAGGAACUGCCUGCUGACGUCGGAGGUGACCGUGAAAAUCGGCGACUAUGGCCUGUCUCACAACAAAUAUAAGGAGGACUACUUUGUGACCCCAGAUCAGCUGUGGGUACCACUACGCUGGAUUGCCCCAGAACUCAUUGAUGAAGUCCAUGGCAACCUGUUGGUGGUGGACCAGACCAAGUCUAGCAAUGUCUGGUCUCUGGGGGUCUCAAUCUGGGAGCUGUUUGAGUUGGGGAACCAGCCUUACCGACACUACUCUGACAGACAGGUGCUGACCUACGCUGUGAAGGAGCAGCAACUCAAACUGCCGAAACCGCUACUGAAAGUACCCCUGUCUGAGCGCUGGUACGAGGUCAUGCAGUUCUGCUGGCUUCAGCCAGAGCAGAGGCCGAGUAUGGAGGAGGUCCACUUGCUGCUGAGCUACCUGUGUGCCAAGGGUUCAAGCGAGCCAGAGGAGGACUUUGAGAGCCGCUGGAACUCCCUCCGGCCGGGCAUGGGCCACAGUGCCUCAGCCCUAGAGCCUGCCCCUUCCUCUUCCUCCUCCUCCUCCUUCCCCCUCCUGGAGCACUUUGCCACCGGUGAUGGUUUCCACAGUGAGCCGGGGGACGACAUCCUGACGGUCACCGAGACCAGCCACGGGCUCAGCUUUGAAUACAAGUGGGAAGAGGCGGGGCCCGAGCGGCCUUUCCACACUGCCUCCACCAGUGGACCCUUAGGCCAGGGGAACCCCCACUACCAGGACAUCUACUACCCCCCCGAGGGUGGGAGCGGAGAUGGAGGUGGUGGUGAGGGGCUUACCCUAGGGGUCUCCCCUUCCUGUUAUGAGCCCAAGUCCUUGCACACACCCGGGGUUGUCCCUGUACUGAGUGCUCAUAGUCCCUCUGUGAGCAGUGAAUAUUACAUCCGCAUUGAGGAGCCCAUGGAGAGCAUUGGCCAGUUGGACCACCCCAGCCCUGAGUUUGAAGGUGGGGACUACAGCAGGGACAUGACCACAGACGACCACGCACCAAGGUCCUAUUGGCUGGCUGACGCUCACAAGGCUGCCAUUGCCGCCUACGACUCAGAUGCCAGUCCUGCUGUCUCACUUACCAUGGAGCCUCUUCUGGGCCAGGCAGCAGCUGGGGGAAGCCCCAUGGGACCAUGGGAGUCAGGACAAUGCUUCUCCUACGAGGAGCGAGAAGGCUUCUACUAUGAGCACUCACCUUCGUUCUCACCGAGUAAAGGCCAUCCCAUAAUGAAGGGGACCCCUCCUGGGGUUCUACGAGGGAGCUGGGGAAUACACAGUCCUCCUCGGGCACAAGGGGAGCCCGAAAGCCCCUUGGGCACCUCCCCAUCACUCAGCAGCCCUUGCACAGGGCCCAACGACCUUGAACUAGAGGGAAGUUGUGAACCCACGAACAGUGAGCAUCACAACCGGGCAAUGUCUGGCGCUUGCUCCAUCAGCAUCGAGAUUGAGACAGAGGAUGGCGCAGUUACAGGGGCAUGGCGGCCACAACAGGACCAUGCCACGGGGGAUGAGGCAGACCUGUUCUUGGACAAAGAGACCCAUAGCUGGGCCUCGAAUCACUCUGCUAACAACAACAGCUUGACCUUUGCCCGGGGACCACCAGAGGGCACCAGGGAGAUGUUUAUGGACGUCCACCGCACUGCCAAGCCUUGUACAGAUACAUGGCCAGAUAUGAGGUCUGCCAAGGAGAGCCCAACACAGAACACUAACCAGACCAGUGCGUACUUAAAAGGUGUGGACAAUGAUAGCAACUUUGUAUCCCCCCAUAAACCCUGCCCUCUGACAUCAUCUACCGAACAUACUACGUAUGUCAAUAUGUGCUUUGAGGUUGGGGAUGAUGCAGUGCCACCACACGAAUGUCACCCAACCACAGAGAGCCCUCCUUUUCAGGACCUGUCUUCAGGAGCUACAGUGAGAGGCAGAGGUCAUAAAGAAGCAGACAACCCGAGAAUGGGAGGGGAAGAGGAUUUGUGCUCCUCAGCUAGGGGGGGUGGCAUUUUGUUAAAAACAAAGACAGACUCAGAGCUGUGGGAUGAGAACUCUGACACUUUGGUUGGUGGAGCAUUAUAUGAAAAGGGAGUGGUGACACAGGAGAGGUGUGUGAGCAGAGUGGUGGUUGCUAAGGUUCCUCCCCCCACAGGUAAAAGACCACCCCAUCAUGCAGCCCUGUCUGAGGCAGACAGCGGGGCAGUGACCGGUUGCUCCAGCAUCAGUAUGGUGGAUAUUGAGGAUUAUGACGAUGUUGUCCUGGACGUCACCUCAGGCGUUUUCGUGGCCCUGCCCAAAGUCCUGCCCCUCGAACCACUGCAGAAGCAGGCAGUGACUCCAGACUCCGUGGAUUCUGUGGAGCUGACCUCCUCCUCAAGCUCAUGUGAGACCUUCAGCCCUGCCUCCAUCCAUUCCUCCACCCAGCCCAAAGCUCUGGACAGCGGCUAUGACACUGAAAACAAUGAGUCCCCUGAAUUCAUCCCAAAAGAGCCUCCCGAGUCCAGAGACCUAGAAGGAUUCUCCCCACCAUCAGGAAAGAUCCCCCUCUCCAAGGGUCCAAAGCUGGCUGGGUCAGACGAUGAAGUGGUUCUACAGGUGGAUGUUGUAGAUGAAGCCUUGCCAAUGACAUUGCCGAGCAAUGGUGAGCCACAACUUACUGAGCUUGGUGGGAAGAACCCAUACAGGGACUCAGCUUAUUUCUCUGACUAUGACAAUGAGAAUGAGAGGUUUCCCGGUGAUGAGGGUGGAAGCGAGUUCCCAGAGAUUCCGGGGGAGGAGGCUGAAAAAGGGGACCUCACACGGUCUGCGAGGACAGAGGGCCUCGACCCUCCCCUGGAGAAGGAGGAGGGGGGAGGUCCUCUCUCUGGCCCAGAGGAGACCAGGACCAUCUUUGAGAGGGACAUGGGGAAGAUGUCCCCAGAAGGAGCAAGGUCUGAGCUUAGACCAAGUGACUCCCCCAUUGGUCCAGUCGUCUCCACGCUUUCCCCCUCACCGCCUGAGAUGGGGGGCUGCCUGACCAAAGAGUCCUCUCAGGAUGAGGGCCUGGGGCUGGACCCUGAGCACUCCGGGGAGGAGCCUGCUUCCGAAUGUUCCUCCUCUCCCUCUCCUUCCUCUGGCUCCUCAUCAUCCUCUGCCUCCUCCGCUCUCUCCUCAAGCUCGUCCACACUGCAGGAGUCCUGUGCCGCAGGUGAUGGUGGCGAAAAGAGUUCAGGGGAUCCUGAGGCCCAACCGCAGCUGUGCGAUAAUGCAGCAGGAGCACUUGAGGUGGCUGAGGGUGGGGGUGAAGAACAGGAACAAGGCCAAGACUCCACAGGGGGUAGCGAUGAACACAUCUGGGAGGAGGCGACUGAAGAAGUAGAUGUGGAUGAGGUGGACGAGGAGCAGCAGGAAGAGGAAGACUUACAUGAACAGCGGGAAGCUUUCCCAGAGACGAUUGACAUCCCCUCUCCUUCCACUGCCUCCUCUUCUUCAUCCUCUCCUCCUAGCCUCCUGUUAGGAGAAGGUGGGGGGGGUUUACUACCAAGAGAUGGAGAUGGGGACGAGGCGGACUGGGAGGACCGGGAGUCGGAGGACAGUGAGGAGUCUGACGAGGAGCUGCGCAGCUAUAGCGUGCAGGAGCACAGCGAGGAGAGCGAGGAAGAGUGCCAGGCAGUGCCUGUGGUGGUGAGUGACUGCAGCAACGCUCGUAACCUGCGCAGUCUGCUCAGGAUGCCCACGCUGCUCACCGAGUCCUUCUGUGAGGAGCUGGAGCAGAAGAAGAAGGCUGUCUCUUUCUUUGAUGAUGUCACCGUCUAUCUGUUUGACCAGGAGAGCCCCACCCAGGAGCUGGCAGAACAUGGCUUCCCUCCUGGGCCAGAGCUGGUUGGGCAGGGUCCAGAAGGCACGGAGACACUCCCCCCAGAGAGGCUCAACACCUCCGAUGACUCUUCAGAUGGCAACAUUUCAGAAGAGAGUGGAGGGUUUGAAUGGGACGAUGAUUUCCCCUUGAUGACUGGUCCCUCAUCUGUUCUGCCAGACUCUGUGGAGCCUGAGGCCCUUAGCCCAAGCCCUGAAGCGCCCAGCCCAACCUCUGAGGCCCCAAGCCCAAGCCCUGAGGCACCCAGCCCAACCUCUGAGGCCCCCAGCCCAAGCCCUGAAGCACCCAGCCCAAGCCCUGAAGCACCCAGCCCAUCCCCCGAGGCCUCCGUGGUCCCCCCGGCUGUGCCGGCAACAUCCUAUUCCCGCUUCAGUGUCUCGCGUUUCUCCAUCACCCACGUGUCUGACUCCGACGUGAACUCCACGGGAGAUCAGUUUCAAAACUGAUGACCGUCCGUCCCUGUUCUGACAUCAGACAAGCCCUUCCCAGCAGUGCCCCUCACCCACCACUAUUUCUAACAUAAAACCACAACCCCUGCUGUCAGAAACCCAGUGGCCACCACCUACCCCAUAAAGAUCUUGUCCACCCCUCUGCAUGUUACUAGGCACCCCCUUCCUUUACCAUGCCAGCCACGCCUUAUAUGAUUUUAGCAAAGGUGAUUUACAUUGCAGAAUUACCUCUCUUGAGAAAUUCCUCAUUUCAACCAGAUAUUGCCACUGAUUAAAAUGAUAAAAUUAUUUAAAACGAAUGGAGAAAGUCAGACCAGAAUUGUUUUCAAGCCUUUCAAAACAUGUUUUCCAUUAGAAUGGUCAGGAAUUGUAUGAAACAAUACAAUUGCUAUAUCAUGACAAAUUGACAUUUUACUGGAAUAAGGAAUUUAUGUGUGACACACGUGUGUUAAAAGCAGCUUUGACUGAUGUGGUGUCAUACGUUUUGAAAAUGACUUCUUAUUUAAAUUGUUUAAAUUUGUUCUUAUGCAAUAUCCAACAAAGGCAAUAUCUUGUUGAAAUGUGAAAGCAUUAAGGAAUGGAACUUCUUGUUGAUCGGUCUCCUUUCCAAUCUUAGCUUAACCAGAAUUUGACCUUUGACCCUAGCCCCAUCCAGCGCUGUCCAGUGAAUAAUGGCUCUCAAUCUGCCGUGUAGGGAACGGCAAAGGUGAAGAGACACAGUGAGGGAGAAGUGUGUGAGAAUGAAUGUGUGUGAAUGUGAGGGUUCCCCGUCUUACAUUCGCAGACAUACUGCCUUCAACUUUUCUUGUUAUUGCUGACACGGGUUACCCAAACCUCAAUGACUCAGUGACAGUGCCUCGUAACACGAUAGUGAGCCCCUCCUCAACAUCACAAAACUGAUGGGAUGACUGACUCAUCAUGACAAUGGCCAGAAAGUGAAAAAUAAAAGGGAAAUCUAUGUAAACUUACAUUAGGCCAUUUGCUAUACAAGUAGGUUAUGAUUUUGUGUAAUGGGAAAAAAAACAACACAUGGAUGAGUUUGUUGGCUGCUUCACCUCAAUGGUCUCCCGUGGCCCGUCCAUGUGCUCAUUGGUCAGUCCUUGGUCCACCCCUAAUGCUCAGACUUUAAAAUAGACUGUUACAGCUGGCAGCUGAUGCUUUAUAGUGCUGGAGCCUGUGUAUAGAAUACCUACGUGUGGUCACACCCAAUGCUGCUGAGUGAAUUCAAAGAGAAUUCCAAAAGAAAAACAGAGGGUGGGAGAGGUGCCGACUUAUCUUCUGAAAAAUGAUGUGUGAUCAAUAAGGUUCCCUGAAGUUAAACACUCAGACUCAACUUUCUAGCAGAGAUGAUGAAAAGCAAACAUUUCAACUGGAGAGUGUGUGCCGAGUCAGUGAAUUGUCGCUGUUGAUUGUCAAGAAUCACUAUACUAUCCCAGUCUUGCCAGCUUUUAUCUCUUUAAUAUGGUCAUAAACAGAACUGGGGGGAAAAAAAACAAAAACUUUCCCUGGUCUCUUGUCUGCCAGCAACCGCUCUUCUCCAAGAGUCAAAGAGACAGGGGAGAGCCAGCGGUUACCCCACGACUCCUGUUACUGUCCUCAUUAAUAUCCCGUUGUUAUACACCGUCUCCACAUGAUAAUAGCCCAAAUGGAAAGGGGCUUGGUAAAGGUGCUGUAAGUUGAUUUCGAAGAUGAUAUAAAGGGCAGAUUGAACUUUCCACAGAUCAACCAUGGAUGAGAUUGUUUUUUUUUUGAGCCGUUUUGAACUGGAGUGGCAAACAUCCUGUUACAGCUGCAUUUUCUUGGGCUCCAUCUCCAUGGAGAUCCGAACACUCCAUGGAACAGAACAGAACACUCUCAGGAGUGUGGGGCGUGGUCUCUGUCACUUUGUGGCUUCAUAGUGAAUGGGCCCUGAAUUUCUAUCAAAGUACUCAUUCUAUGACCGACUCGGCCAUGUCUCACGGAACAGAAAUGACAUAUCUGUGGAAUCCCAUUGGUUUCAGGCAUAGGACUGUUUGAGUAUAUACAUUUUUUUCUUGUAACGGCAAAGUCAUUUUGGGAGGACAGGUGAAAGAAUCAAAAUUUGAGGUUACAGUACAGUGAAUUUAGAUGUACAGCUAAUUAAGAUGUAGAACAUUUAUUAGUGAAAAUUUGCAGUAGAAUGGCUCCAAUGCCAAUGCAGAUAUUAUACUACAAAUGGUAAUUGUAUGGAGAUUAUUAAUUAUCUGUUUGGGAGCUAUUUAUGUAGCAGUCAUAAUGACAGUGUUCAUUUGUCCCUCUGUUCAACUGAAUUUCCUCACAAUAAUAUAUGCUAAAAUAUGAAAUGUAUAAGGAAUAUACCACUGAAUAUAGUUAAAAUGGCCAUAUAUAUAUCAUUUCCACAAUCAUUUUACACAAAUGACAAAUAGUAUUAAAAGUGCAGUUGCAACAAUGUAUUAUUAACAUGCAUAUCUGGUGGAUAUUACUGUAUUCCUUAUAUUCUGGUCUUCAAAUUUUAACAUAUAUUUGCACAUGCUACUUUUUCAUAAUGAUCAUCACAAGUACAUUGUGAAUUGGUUAUAUAUGGGUUGUAAACCCAUUGUUACCCUCAGUAACAUGUAAAUGUAACCUUCAUGCAUUGAGAAGCAAUGGCUUGAUUUUACUGUAGGUCCGAAACAUAGCGUCUGCCCCCCUACAGGUGCAUGGUCAGUUGCUUAUAUUUUGGUUUGGAGUCUGCAAAUCCAGUACCUCAAAUCAGCAUUUUUGGAUUUGUUUUUUUUACAGCACUCUCAAAUCUCUGGACAGGAUUUUAAUUAGACAGUACCCAUGUACUAAUUCAGAGUUUUAAGCAUAGAUUUUAAACCUAUUCAAGGAAGAAUGCUACAUUGUAAGUUCGUUGUUGCCAAAGGUAUGCGACUACACAGUGUACUGGAUUUCCAGUACUACUUCACAGAUGUCAGGAAGUGGACUUCAUUGAGCAUAUUUUGGCUUUGCACCAAUUGUGACAUCAUUCCUUGGGUGACCUGAUAGGUGCUCUUCAUAACAUCAACCAACAACACAGCUACUGUAUCAUAAAAACAAUAAAUCAAGUAAGUUUUUGUUAA